GAAAACCAUUUUCAUACAUCAUAACAUAAAUGUAUUAAAAAACAAUGUGAUGUGAUGUUAUAUUCCUUAACAUUAACAUCAGCAUAUUUCUCCAACUAUUCUCAACUUACUUUCUAUUAUUCCAUUUUUCUUUCACUUCCAUCCUCUUCUUCUAAUCUUCUCUCUUUUCAAUUUUGUAUCCACCACCAGUGUUAUUUGGUUCUUCUGUUACUAAACAAGAGAAUGAACUACAGUCACAGAGAAAUUCCAGUUACUGAUGGAACAAUUACUAGAACUAGCUUGCACAACAAUAGCAACAACCCUUAUGUUCAUCUUUCUCCUGCUAACCCUUCUUCUGCUGCUGCCAACCGUCCUAAUUCAAUGGAUAAAAUAAGCGGUGCACUAAAUAACUGUGGUAAGAAAGUUGAAGAAGCAACUAAACAUGCUGAGAGCAUGGUUGACAAUAUUUGGAACCAUGUCAGAAUGAGUUCUAGUCCAGCUGAUGCUGCAAUGGCUAGACUAGUUCAGGGAACAAAACUGAUUGCAAAUGGGGGAUCUGAUAAGCUAUUUCAGCAAACAUUUGGGGUUAUUCCAGGAGAGAAACUGUUAAAGCAACAUGUUUGUUACAUAUCAAAAAUCUCUGGACCUGUGAUUGGAACACUUUACAUAACAACUAAAAGAUUGGCAUUCUGCAGUGACUAUCCACUCUGUCACUAUCCAUUCUCCUUGCAGCAUCAAUGUAUCUACUAUAAGGUGGUAGUGCAGCUCGAUCAGCUGAGGGCAGUUAGUCCUUCAGCUAAUAUAUUUAACUCGAAAGAAAAAUACAUUGAGAUUGUGACAGUCGAUGGUUAUGAGUUCUUUUUUAUGGGGUUUGUGUCUUAUGACAAGGCUCUCAAAACUCUGAAUGAGGCUCUACACCAAUAUGGCAACCGUUCUUCCAGUGACAAGUUUAAUUGACAGGCCUGAAAAUUCUUGUGAAACAUUUUACUGUGUGCAUGGAGACACCCUUCAAAAGAAACAGAAGUUAAAUAAAUAUAAGGAAUGUAUUGUAUAGUUUUUGUUUCAGAAUAAAAAAUGCAUUCAAAAUUUCUAUGGCAGCCAAGAAAUAACUUAAUACAGUUGGCUCAUAAGUUACCUUAAGUUUGUUAGCGUUGUUUUAUCUGUAAUGAAAUCAAAAGUUUAUUGUGUUUUCUCUGUAAUGAAAGCAUAACUAGUGUUCAAACAAUGGAAGGAAUCCUCUAAUUAGUAUUA